UGCCUAUAGCAUCUGAGUCCGCUAAAUUGAGGAAUUGUUUAUCGGUAUCGUUUCUUAUCUCUAUGAAUUGAAAUAUCGAAAAUAAGCCCACCUUGAUUCAGGUAAAGAAGGCGUAGGUGAAAAAGAAAAGAAAAUAAAAAGCCCAUUUUGGUUCCAAAGUCUGUCGAAAUCAAAUUGCGGAAGCGACGAAAACAGCCAUCGCCCCAUGGCCAUGGGAGAUUCCGUCCCUACUCCUCGCAUAUCAGUUCAUCAAGCUUUUGGCGGCGGCUUAGUUGCUGAUGUGCUGUUAUGGAGAAAAUGGUGUGGCGGAGUUGUGAUGCUAGCCUCGGCAACCACGUUUUGGUGCCUCUUUGAAUUAGCUGGUUAUAGUAUCUUGUCUUUCGUGGCCAAUGUAUUGUUACUCCUUGUUGUUAUUCUCUUCUUCUGGGCCAAAUCUGCUUCACUUCUCAACAGACCUUUGCCACCACUUCCUAAUUUGGAGAUCUCUGAGAGGACUGCCGGGAAGAUUGCUGAUGAGUUACAAGUGUGGGUCAAUAUUGCAUUGUCGAUUGCGCAUGACAUUACCCUUGGCAGAAAUUUGAAACUUCUUUUUAAGGUUGGUGUUUCCUUGUGGUUUGUUUCUUUUAUUGGUAGUUUCUUUAGCUUCCUCACUGUGGUCUAUAUCGGAGUUAUUCUUAGUCUAUCAGUUCCCGUGUUAUAUGAUAAGUAUCAACACCACAUUGAUGAAAAGCUUUCUGUAACAAACAAAAUCAUACAGACGCAGUACAGGAAAAUCGAUGAAGCAGUAUUAAGGAAGCUUCCAUUGCCCUCGAAGAAAGAAAAGAAGAUGCAGUAGGUGAAUUUCCAGGGCUUUGAUGGUAUACUCAUUUGCUCUCAUGCAAUAAGAAAUUGGUUUCAGGUUAAUCUGUUUUCCAGAGGCUUUCUUUUCUUCCUUCCUACGUCAUUCGAAGCUUCGAUACAAAUGUGUAUACUUGUAUUUAGGGUCAAUUAUGCAUCGAAAAGUAAGAGGCGAAACACUAUAAGCUUCAGGAUUUGAUCACCCUUAAAUGGUAGUUUGUAGUUGAUCACUAACUCAAGUCAAUAAAGAAUAUUUUCCUUUCCCAAUGAAAAAACAA